GUUCAAUUGUGUUUGUUUCAAGUCUCGAGCCUGCCCGUCCUCACGCUGCAGCUCCAUGUCACAGAUACACCGCCCGUCUUGACUAUCAGGAAAUUCAGAUCAAACCCACCUCUCAUUGUUUUGUCUGAGGAUCGACCAAGUUCAUCAGCUUUACAUCCGUAUUCAGGAGAGUCUCCCGAGCGCUUUGAGGGAAUUGGGAACAAAAUGACUUUACGCGCGCGUUGCCAGGUCGGUCUGGACUUCUUCGAGUUUCUGAACGAAACAAAUCGAGCAUCCAUCACGGAGAAAGUCGAACUAAGAGACAUUUACAACACUGAGUUCAGGAGCAGAACUUCAGGGGCCAAAGAUCCAAACUUUGGUUCUGUUCUUUACGCUCUGAAAGCGUACAACAAAGUUACCAGAAGAAGAGAAACAAUACGCUUCAACUCGAAGGUGAAAGCUCUGUAUGUGGACCAGUGGCACACACCCAGGAACAGAAAACAAACACAACAACAACCUGUCCUGAAUGGAGGAGCCAGUCUGGACAUCCUCCAGGACCUGAGGUCUGGAGAUCAGGUGGAGACGGGAGUGAGAGCCCGUAGGAAACUGGCCGGUCUUCUGAUGAACAAACUGAAAGUGGACAGAACCUUGCUUAUCUCUGAUAAACAUGGCAUCAGCAUCACCUCUGAUGGCCUGUUUGAGAACGGUAAACUCAUCGUGUGUGAGGAAAACACAUAUGAGUAUGAAAUCAAGCUGAAGGUGAGAAACACUGGAACAGAGCCGAUUCAUUUCAUUUACUACACCCCCCUGCACUGGGCCAGUUUCCUGAAACUGUUCGAUGAGCACAGAGUGACCAAAGUGAACCCUCUGCUGCUACAGCCAGGUGACAGCUAUGAGAUCCAGGUUCUCUUCAGCUGCAGCUUUGUUGGGAUUUUUCCAGCCACACUGGCCUUCGAGUUUAAACCAGACUCGCUAUCCUCCAACUCAUUUCAUAUUGUUCGCUACAUCGAGGCUAAGUGUGUCACUUCUUUAGGACGCUUGCUGGAGCCGGUCACUCCCUACAAGGCUCGCUCCGUAUAUGCUUUGACCGCCGACUUGAAGUGUCAGAUCGUGGACGGACAGCCGCCUGAUGGACUCUCUGUGAUGCAGCUGAAGAAUGAGGUCCAGUUGAAACAGUAUCGGGUCCCAGCUUACGUGAACCAGCUUAUCAAGUCUCUGAAGCAGCCUCAUCACUCAGACAGCAGGAGGACCUUGCUGGAGAGUCCGUUGAGUUGGGAGAACUACACUGAGAAAUUCCAGCUUCUGCUGUAUCUGGAAGAGAGUCAGAUGAAUUUGGACAUCAAGAGGUACAACAUCCCCAAUGAGGACAGCAAGUUUGCUGUCCUAAAGAGAGACAAAAACAAGAAGCUUCUUGUUCUUGAGGUACCGGGUGUGUCUGAGAACCGCCCAUCUGUGCUCCGAGGUGAUUCGCUGCUUGUUCAACCUCAGGGAGAAAAAGAAGUGAAGUACCGCGGUUAUGUUCACAGCGUCAAUCUAGACAGCGUCAAACUGGGCUUUGCUUCAGAACUACUGGAUCGAUACACAACACGCAAAGACUUGAGCAUCAUAGAAGGGAUAAAGUUUAACGUGGAGUUCACCAUCAACCGGCUGACCAUACGUCUUCAGCACAGAGCAGCUGAGUUUGCAACUCUCUGCGGGCUGAGAAGUGUGUUGUUUCCUGAUGAAACUCCAUCCCACCUGAAACCUGAGCUCCCACACCUCAAGCUGUUUGAUCAGCAGCUGGAGAGAAACCCAGAGCAGUAUCAGGCCGUUCAGCAAAUUGUGGCCGGCUCAUCCAGACCUGCUCCUUAUCUCAUCUUUGGUCCACCUGGAACAGGUAAAACUGUCACUGUGGUGGAGGCCAUUAAGCAGAUAGAGAAGACCCAGGCCUCGUGCCACAUUCUGGCCUGCGCUCCCUCCAACAGCGCCGCUGAUUUACUGUGCAGCAAGAUCCGGGAUCAUGUGGACGAGUGUAUGGUGUAUCGCAUGUACGCCAGCAGCCGGGACCCAAAGCUAGUCCCUGCUCACCUGAAGGGAUGCUCCAACCUGGUGGGGGAGUCGUAUGUUUAUCCUGCUAAAGAGAAACUGAUGGAGUAUAAGAUCAUAGUCACCACGCUGCUAAGUGCUGGAAGGUUGGUGUCAGGAAACAUUCCUAGUGGACAUUUCACUCAUGUGUUUGUGGAUGAGGCUGGACAUGCUGUGGAGACUGAGUGUGUUGUUCCACUGGCAGGGUUACUGGAUGCAGAGUCUGGACAGCUUGUUCUAGCUGGAGACCCCAAGCAGCUCGGGCCAAUUCUCCGAUCUCCUUUCUCCCUGAAAUACGGCAUGGGAGUGUCCCUUUUGGAACGCCUGAUGACCACUUCCUCUUUGUACCAGAAGAACGAAGGAGUGUACAACAACUGCUUUGUCACCAAACUGUUGCGUAACUACAGAUCUCAUCCAGCCAUUCUGAAGAUUCCCAACGAGCUCUUCUAUGACGGAGAGCUGCAGGCGUGUGCAGAUGAAUAUGCACGCAACUUCUACCGCUGGUGGCAAUACCUUCCAAAGCAGGACCUCCCACUGAUCUUUCACGGGGUGGCCGGUGAGGAUACACGUGAGUCCAACAGCCCUUCAUUCUUUAAUGUAGCAGAAGUGGAGGUGCUGAUGGACUAUGUGAGGAAACUGCUGCAGUCAGGACGAAAGAAGGGCCUGGCUACAAUAGGACCCAAAGAUAUAGGAAUCAUCGCCCCCUACAGGAAACAGGUGCAGAAAAUCCGGAAGGCCCUGGAGCAAGUUGGGAAAGAGUUCACGUUUACGGACAUGAAUGCCCUGAAGGUUGGUUCAGUGGAGGAGUUUCAAGGCCAGGAGAGGAGAGUCAUCAUGGUGUCCACAGUUCGAAGCAGCUCCAAAUACAUGGACUAUGAUAAAAAGUUCAGCCUGGGCUUUGUGAAGAAUGAGAAGAGAUUCAAUGUGGCUGUGACUCGAGCCAAAGCCCUGCUGAUUGUGGUGGGAAACCCCAUAGUGUUGAACACAGAUGAUACCUGGAAACGCUUCAUCCAGUACUGCAAAGAUGAAGGAGGCUGCACGGGUUUGGUUCAACCAGAGAAAGACGAUUAUGAGGUGGUGCUUCGACUUUCUGCUCUCUACAUCAGCAUCGAGGGUCAUGAUAAAACGUAUGAAAAGGUCGUCGAGAUGCACGAGAGUGUCGUCCAGCAGCAGUUGGACCCUGAGUGGAGGAACGACCUGUGAGCACGAUGGAACUUCAAAAGCACGAUGAUAAAGAUGAAAUAUUUUUAAUAUGACAUAGACUGUUAGUCUUAACUACGGUUCAUCUCAGGGCUUUGAACUUGAUCAUGGUCAAAUAUCUCUGAAUCUUUAGGUUUACAACUGAAACAUACAGAAUAAACCACAAAUCAGAGAAUGCCGUUGCAUAGAUCUUGCUGUGUUUUAAUUUUAUACAGAUUUGUAUUAAUAAAGCCAAAUGUUUGAAUUGUUGUAACAUAUUUUCCAAAAGAAUUCAGAUUAAAUAAAGCUUAAAACAACCA